AUGGCAUCCCAACCCUACGAACUUCAGACGGCCCAAAUGGCGUUCGAGGUACCCGGUUCUUCAACGGCAUACCAGCAGCUUGCUUUCCAUGUGGGCUCGACCUUCGACCAAGACCUCCUCCUCCGCGCCGGCAAACUCAUGGGCGACGAAGCCAAAGCCAAGGGCGCCCACAUCCUCCUCGGCCCCUGCAUCAACAUGCAACGCUCGCCCCUCGGCGGUCGUGGCUUCGAAUCGCUCUCCGAAGACCCGGUUGUCGCGGGUCUCGGCGCCGCUGCGCUGGUCAAAGGCAUCCAAUCUACUGGCGUUGUAUCGACGAUUAAGCACUUCGUUACUAACGACCAGGAACACGAGCGCAUGGCUGUGAAUGCGAUUGUCUCGGAGCGAGCGUUGAGGGAGAUCUAUCUCAUGCCGUUCCAGAUUGCCGUGAGGGAUGCCCAUCCGAAUGCGUUUAUGACGGCUUAUAACAAGCUGAACGGGGUGCAUCUGUCGGAGAACAAGAGGAUUAUGGACGACGUGCUGAGGAAGGAGUGGGGAUGGGAGGGGGCGAUCAUGAGUGAUUGGUUUGGGACUUACAGCACGUCGGAUGCUGUGAACGCUGGACUGGACCUGGAGAUGCCUGGCCCGUCGAGGUGGCGAGGGGGCCUGUUGGAGCACGUCGUAUCGUGUCGGAAGGUUCCCGCCCACGUACUUGACGAGAGAGUCCGCAACAUGCUCAACCUCGUCAAGCAAUGCCGCGCGAGCGGCGUCAAAGAAUGGGCCAAAGAAGGCACCAACGACACGCCCGAGACCGCCAAACUCCUCCGCAAACUCGCAGCCGAAAGCUGCGUCCUCCUCAAAAACGACAAGGACGUCCUGCCCCUCAAGAAAGACAAAUCCGUGCUCCUUAUCGGCCCCAACGCCCGCACCAGCGUCUUCUGCGGCGGCGGCUCUUCGAGCAUGCAACCUUACUACGCAAUCUCGCCCUUCGAAGGCGUGCAGGCGAAGCUGAAAAACCAGAGUAAGAUCCAGCAUACCAUCGGCUGCUACAGCCACAAGGAGCUGCCGUUGGCUAGUAACCAGUUCACGGUGGAAGCGGACCAGAGCUCGAAGAAAGGGUUGAUCUUCAAAGCGUACAACGAACCACCGCAGACAGAAGGCCGCACCGCCGUCGACGAGAUUUUGCUGACGAACACUUACUGCAUGCUCAUGGACUACAAGCACCCGCUGCUCGAAGACGACCUUUGGUACGCGGACGUAGAAGGCUACUUCCAAGCCGAGCGCACCGGGGAGUAUGAACUCGGGCUCUGCAUCUACGGCACCGGGAACUUGUACGUCGAUGGGAAAUUGGUCAUCGAUAACACCAGCAAGCAAACCCAGGGUACCGUCUUCUUCGGCUGCGGUACUGUGGAGGAGAAAGGCACCAUCCACAUGGAAGAAGGCAAAACGUACCACGUCAAGCUCGAGUUCGCCUCUGCCGUGACGUCGAAGCUGGACGGAGGCGGCGUGCCCCAGUUCGGCGGCGGCGGCUUCAGGAUCGGAGGCGCGUGGGUGCUGGAUAUGAACGACACGAUCGCGGAAGCUGCCAAACUCGCCAAAGAAGCGGAACAAGUCGUCAUCUGCGCAGGCUUGAACCAGGACUGGGAAGGCGAAGGCGCGGAUCGGGUGGACAUGAAACUCCCCGGCAAAAUGGACGAGCUCAUCACCCGCGUUGCGGAAGCCAACCCGGAGACUAUCGUGAUCAACCAGACUGGCACCCCGGUCGAGAUGCCUUGGGUGCACAAGGUAGCUGGGUUAGUGCAAGCGUGGUACGGUGGCAACGAGACCGGGAACGGGAUCGCGGACGUGUUGUUCGGGGACGUCAAUCCGGCGGGGCGGUUAUCGCUGUCGUGGCCGAAGAGGGUGGAGGAUAAUCCGGCUUUCUACAAUUACCGGUCUGAAGGCGGGCGGACGCUGUAUGGAGAAGACGUUUACAUUGGAUACCGGCAUUACGAGACUGUCAAGCGGGACGUGAAUUUCAUGUUCGGGCAGGGGAUAUCGUAUACGACUUUCGAUCUGUCGGGGCUGAAAGUCAGCAAGACCGGCGCUGAUGACCUCUCAGCCAAGGUGGUGGUGAGCCUCACGGUCCGCAACACAGGCAAGCUGGACGGGCAAGACGUUGUGCAGGUCUACGUCCGCCCUACGAAGCCUGGCAUCCGACGUCCUCCGCGGGAGUUGAAGGGUUUCACCAAAGUGCCCGUCAAAGCUGGAUCGAAGGCGACGGCGAAGGUGGAGAUUCCGUUGAAGUAUGCUGCGUCGUACUGGGAUGAGAUUCGGGAGGCGUGGGUGAUGGAGCAGGGGAGUUAUGAGUUUGAAGUUGUGGACGGGACGGGGGCGCAGGAAGGGCUGGUGGGGAGUGUCGAGGUUGGGAAGACGGGGUGGUGGAAUGGGCUGUAG